AUGUCAAUGCAUGACCGGGGCUUGCCGGUGGGCGCAGUCUCGCGUUCGCAUCAGUAUCGCAAGGUCAUGAAGCCGCUGCUCGAGCGCAAGCGGCGAGCGCGCAUCAACAGAUAUCUGGACGAACUGAAGCAGCUCAUAGUGGAGGUCGUGCAGUUGGUAAACAGGACGCUGUCCAAGCUGGAAAAGGCUGACAUACUGGAACUGACUGUGCAUCAUCUACACAGACAGCUCAAGCCCGCUAGCAUCCCCAGGAAGAGUGAGGGGCCAAUCCACUUGGAGGCACGGCACAGCUUUCAGCACUUUGCGUUUGGAUCUCAACAGUGCAUUCUAGAAGUAGCACGAUUUUUACAUCCUCAUGACAUGCAGCUCAAUGGCAAGUUCCUAGGGGCCAUGCAGCAGCUGAUGCCAGCUAGACCGGAAACUUUUUGGCGACCCUGGUAG